AUGGCCUGCCUACGAGUCUGGAAGGGCCCCGCCAUGCCUGACGCAUCACAUUUUUCUGGACCUACAGGCUUGUCCCAAGGCUUGGACUACCCAGGCAGCCAGGCCCCUUUGACAGCACUUGAAAGGAAACUUGCAAGAAAUAUAAAACAAAAAUGGUUGCUGCAGCCUGCAGACAUGGCUUCCCACGCAGCUCUGGCUUCUUCAAGAAUCCCAACUAGCACCAGGCUUCCUUCCAAGACCUCCCAUUCGUUUCCUACUCAAUGCUUCUCUAAGAAGCUGGAAGUGGCUGAAUACUGUGGUCUUAGGUCCAGUGGCUGCGUGAGCUUUGCCAAGAAUGUCAGGGAGGGUUCCUUUUUUGAUGCAGUGGCAGCCCAACUCUCUCCAAAGACUACAGGAUCAACCCCUGUCAAGGGACAAACUGUGGCCAAAUUGAAGGUUGCCAUCAAUGGUUUUGGACGCAUUGGCAGGAACUUCCUCCGCUGCUGGCAUGGCCGCAAAGACUCACCACUAGAGGUGAUUGUCGUCAAUGACAGUGGCGGUGUAAAAAACGCAUCUCACUUGUUGAAGUAUGACUCAAUGCUUGGCACAUUCAAGGCAGAUGUUAAAAUAGUGGACAAUGAAACCAUCAGCGUCGAUGGAAAGCCCAUAAAGGUUGUCUCUAACAGGGACCCUCUCAAACUUCCUUGGGCUGAGCUCGGCAUUGACAUUGUUAUCGAGGGAACAGGUGUUUUUGUGGAUGGUCCGGGUGCUGGGAAGCACAUCCAAGCAGGAGCAAAGAAGGUUGUUAUCACUGCUCCAGCAAAAGGUGCUGAUAUCCCAACUUAUGUUGUUGGUGUUAAUGAACAGGACUACGAUCACGAUGUUGCCAACAUCAUUAGCAAUGCCUCUUGCACCACCAAUUGUUUGGCUCCUUUCGUGAAGGUCAUGGAUGAAGAGUUAGGCAUUGUCAAGGGAACAAUGACAACCACUCACUCAUACACCGGUGAUCAGAGGCUUCUCGACGCUUCACACAGGGACUUGAGGCGAGCUAGAGCCGCGGCAUUGAACAUAGUACCAACUAGCACCGGUGCAGCCAAGGCUGUAUCUCUCGUGCUUCCUCAGCUCAAGGGCAAGCUCAAUGGCAUCGCACUCCGUGUGCCAACACCUAACGUGUCUGUUGUGGAUCUCGUGGUGAAUGUUGAGAAGAAAGGACUCACAGCUGAAGAUGUUAAUGCAGCUUUCAGGAAGGCAGCUGAUGGGCCAUUGAAAGGCAUAUUGGCAGUGUGCGAUGUACCUCUUGUCUCAGUCGAUUUCCGAUGCACCGACGUUUCCUCCACCAUAGAUUCCUCCUUGACAAUGGUCAUGGGAGAUGACAUGGUCAAGGUAGUGGCUUGGUAUGAUAAUGAAUGGGGAUACAGCCAAAGAGUUGUUGAUUUGGCUCAUCUGGUGGCCUACAAGUGGCCUGGCGUGGCUGCACAAGGAAGUGGUGACCCGUUGGAGGAUUUUUGCAAGACGAAUCCAGCUGACAAGGAGUGCAAAGUCUUUGAAGCUUAA